AUGUUGAUUUUAUUGAGGGUCAAAGCAGUUUUUGUUGAUAGGACUUUCCUUCAAAAUGCUAAAGCAAAAGGAGCCCUUUGUUUAGAUGGGUCUUCACUAGUUUACCAUCUGGAUAGAGGAUCUGGGGUGGGAAUUAACAAUUGGUUGGUUCAAAUUGAGGGAGGAGGAUGGUGCAAUAGUGUCACUAGUUACCUUGCCCGUAAGAACUCAAAAGAAGGUUCCUCUAAUGACAUGGCUAAACAACUUAGUUUCACUGGGAUUUUGACCAAUGAAUCACAAUUUAAUCCAGAUUUUCAUAACUGGAAUAGGAUUAAGGUUAGAUACUGUGACGGUGCAUCAUUCACUGGGGAUGUAGAAAUAGUGGAUCCUGCCACCAAACUUUACUUCAUAGGAGCAAGGAUUUUUUGGGCUGUCAUGGAGGAGAUGAAGAAUGCUGAAAAUGCCAUUUUGUCUGAAUGUUCAGCCGGUGGGUUGACAUCAAUUUUACAUUGUGAUAAUUAUAGAGCUCUCAUUCCCGAGGACACUAAAGUAAAGUGCAUUUCAGAUGCUGGUUAUUUUAUAAAUACAUAA